AUGUCCACAACCACCACCUCCCUGCUCACCCUCCCGGCCCCCCUGCGCACCUUCCUCGCCUCCUUCCCGCUGCACACCUACCCGGCCAUCCCGCCCCCGCGCAGCAACAGCCUGCACGACCCCGCGCAGCCCACGAUGUGGAUCCACGCGCCCCUGGCGGACCCGGAGCACAACCUCCUGAGCGCGGACGUCGAGUGCCUCAAGUGGCAGGCGCACGUCGCGCUGCGCGGCGUCGAGCGCGUGCGCGUAAGGUGGGACGUCGCCGCGGCGGGCGGCGUGGGCGGGCGGCUGCCGAGUGUGUGGGUGCCGGGGGGCGAGGGGGGCGAGUUGAUUCCGGCGCAUUUGAUACCCGCGUGGGUGGAGAGGGAGAGGGGAGGGGAGGGGGCGGAGGGGUAUAGAGACGAGGCGGCGAGGGACGAGAGCCGCGCGUGGGUCGCGCUGCUCGAGGGGACCGUGCACGCCGCGCUCAUCACGUUCCACCCCGCGUCGACGACCGCGCGCGUGUCCUCGCUGGCCGCGACGCUCGCGCCGCCGCCGGCGCCGCUGACGGGCGUGUCCUCGCUGCUGCCGCCGUACGGCGCGCGCGUGCCCGCGGCGGAGCUGGAGACGCGGUACGCCGAGGCGGUGGGCGCGCUGAGCGAGCGGCUCGGCGGGGACAAGUGGUUCCUCGGGUCUGCGUCCCCGACCCCGCUCGACGCGCUCGCGUUCGCGUACAUCCACACGCUGCUGCACACGCCCGCGCCGAAGCUGCGCACGCAGGUGACGCGGCGCGUCAACCUCGUCGCGUGGGAGCGCCGCGUGAGCGGGCUGGUCCGGGCGGCGUUCGUCAAGGCGGGCGAGGAGGUAUAG